AUGCCCUCGGAGUAUGGGGCUCGGUACCCAUCAGAGGGUGAUACUGGUGCCGACGCUCCGGCCGGUUAUGUGACCAUGUGGUCCGAUUUCUUCGGAGAUUGUAACCUCCGAUUGCCGUUGACUGUGUUUGUUGUGGAUAUCUUGGAGUGGUACAAGGUCCACAUUUCUCAAGUGAGUCCAUUUGGGAUGAUUCGGAUUCGUAAUUUUGAGUUUACCUUUCGUGCUCUUGGCAUAGAGCCUACCGUCGGAGAUUUCCGACGGUUUUAUCAGAUGACGGUGUUCAUGGGGUUCUUUUCUUUCCGUCAACGAGACGGUACCCCGAAGCUGAUGACUCCCCCUAAGGGGAUGACGAUGUGGAAGAAGAAGUUCUUCUAUAUCAAGUCUGCUGCCCUUGCUGUGGAUAUGACGUUUCGGAAUGUGACCGAGACGAUCAUAGCAGAGACCAUUGCGAUGCCCAGUUUGAAAUCAGUGCAAUGGUUCCCGCAGCUGCAGACUAUUGAGUCUGUGAAGUUGACCAACACGCAACUAUGGCUGUUGCGUAUGAUGUUGAGGAGGGGCAAGAACUCGAAACCCGUGGUGCGGGAAAAGAGCGGUGAAGAUGCUCCCGCAUGGAGGAUGUUUGCUCCGGAUUUCGAGGGUACGGUUGAGACCGUAGUUUGUGCGGAUGGUGAACAGGAUCACAACACUAUCAUCCGUAGUAACUUCCGGGUGCCUACUGCGGCUGCACUGGCAGUUGAGUUGCCAGUAGGCAAAGGUGAUCUUGGGGCCUUGGGGGACCCUGAAGCGAAAGGUGUGCCAAAGAGGCAAACUAAGCAGGCAGAAGAGGCGGCUGCGGGGGGGACGGCUGCGGGUCCCCCUGUGAUUGGUGAGAAGAGGAGGCCAGAGCAGAAAGCUGCUGGUGGUGUUGAAACCAAACGUCGGAGACUAGUAACCAAAAGGUCUGCUCCGGCGCAGAAAAAACCUGCGGUUGUCGUUGAGCGUCAAGAUGAAGAUUUUUCUAUCUUCGAUGCUCCGGAGUCCCCUCCGCGUGCCAUGGGUGCGGGUGGAACGGAGGUGCCGUCGACACCUCCCGUCAAGGUGGUACCUGAGUCAACCGUGCAGAAGGAGGGUACCGCAGAGAAUGCUGCGGCCCAUAUAUUUGACACUGUCGACUCGUCCAACAACCUGAUCUCUCCCAAUGAGGGAGACGAUUUGAGUUUGCGGUUCACUGCUACUGGGAAGCAACAUUCUGAUGCUGAACCGCAAAAAACUGGCGCUGAAGCGCGGGGGAUGAUAUUGCUAACGACCCUGCGGCCUGCAGGGAGAUCUUGGGCGGUCUGGGGACCCCCUUUGAAGUUGAGCGGGCUCGUGCCGCACCGCGGGAGCUGCGUAUAA